GCCAGAAACUGCCUUCGCCUCAUCUCGAUCUGCAUCUCGCCCUGUUCGCAUCGGCCGUCGACUCUGACACUAACAACAUCCCGCCCCGUCCUUCACGCCGCCACUCAUCCGAUCCGUUAUUCUUCGGGCUCCCUCAUGGACUCGUCGCUGAUCUUUCCGCUGGUGCAGCGACAGCGGGUGUCUGUUCAGUAUGGCCGACGAGCCCCCGCUCUGCUCUCCCAGCCCGUUCAUCCAGUCCAGCCUCCCCAAGUGCGACGGCUGUUCUCGUUUCUCUCCAGUGAUGAGGAAGAUGGAGAUACCGAUGCCAGCAAUCGCAAUCUGCAGCCUCAAGCCCCUUCUCCCCAACCAUCAUUGUUCGACUUUCCAGACGACACCCUCGAUGACGCCGCCGAUGAGCUGCAGACUGUCAAGCCAUCGUCUCGGUAUCGUUCCAGCCGGACUGCAGCGGCACCUCCUUUCCUCACCGAUGCCCUAGCCAAAGUCGCUCAGCCCGUGCGGCAUGGCCCUUCCCAGAUCAAAUACCAGAGGGCACGCCGACAGCCUCAGACUGACGAUGCUCCGCGGCCCCGAGAGAAUAGCGCUCAGAAAACAGCAGCGAAAGAGCCGCUAGCAAAGGAGCCACCAAUUUCAGUGCCUCUGCCGAAACCAGAGGAGUCUCCCGUUGCCGAACUGCCAACCGAGCAGAGACAGCCGGCUCUGAAACGGACGUCCGCCCGCCGAUCGAGUCCUUCCAGGAACAGCCGUCCCAAACGAUCAAAGUCGUCGGCAGCCAAAGAACACAAGGAUGCCUCGGCUGAAAGAACCAAAUCUCGCCCGCAGCGAUCCAGUGCCCGAUCGUCCGUCGACACGCCAAGUGCCCAAAUGCCCAUUAGCGACGCAAACAACACUCAACCAUCAGACCCAGAUACCCUCCGCUUGCCCGAGGCCAUCCCCCCUCAGCUGGAUUCCACCCCAUAUGAUGCUGUCUCCCUCCCAGCUGAGGUUUCAAUGGCCAACAUAGUCGUCCAGCAGCACGACCAUGCAGAAUCGGAUUCAGUUGAGCCACCACAUGUCGGUGCGAAAUCAACCGAGCCAGAAGGACCAGAGGAGCCAGUCCCUCCCAUUCUGGUACUCAGUCCGCCUCCCCCUGCACGAUCCAGCAACCGGACGCUGCAGCAAGCUUCGGCUCUGGCCGCAGUAUCAAAGAGCAGGAUCGCAAAUAUGAAGCACUCCGGCGCCAAGCGGGGCCCGUCCUUUGACGACGAGAUUCUCAGAAACUCCAAGGUCGUCAAAGUCGAUCUGGACCAGCUGAUUCCGGAAACCCCGGCUGAUCCAAUGGCGCUCAGUCUGUCGGCAGUGGCGGAAGCGUCAUCCCUCGACAGCGAUAUCGCAGCCCAUGACACUUCCUCGCUGCCUGUUUCAUUGGACUCGGCAGUCUCGUAUUCGCACAACCCGCCCUCGGUGCUCAGCCGUCCUUCCAGCUGGCCUGCGCCAAAAGGACAUGGACGGGGACACGCAGUCACAUAUGGCCGGGUGCGAAGUUUCAAGGACAGCCUGGAGAGCCUGCUGUGUCCCGAACACAAGACCCUUGCGCAGUAUCAGCAGGAGCAGAGUCUGGACGAAAGCGACGAUGAGCAGGACAAGGGUGUCGUCAAGAUGCAUCAGUUGCGUCACGCUGGCAAGUGGAAGGCGUUCAAGGACGAGCUCGAUUACAUCUUCGAUGGACUCUGCCGCACCCGAGCCGUGUCGGUGCGGCGCAUCAGCUACAUCGAUCUCUGCAAGAAACUGGCAUCCGACGAAUUCUUCCAGUUCAUCAAGGUGCACGACAUGGCACCCAAGGUCUUUGCGGCCAUGGUCGACGAGCCAAGUCAAGAGCCGAUCAUCAUGUCAUGCAUUGUUUUCAUCUUGUGGAUGUGGCUUCGAGACCGCCGCCUCUCGAGCUUCCUGGUCGCACAGGAGCCCUUUGAUUCGAUCAUUUGUCGAGCCCUCAGUGUGUCCAAGGACCCAUUUCGCGCUGCACCAUCGAAUCGAAUCGAGAAGAAACUGAUGGAUGCCGUCCGACAGAUCGUUGACCAGAGCCCUUUCCAAAGCGAGGCCGGUUGUAAGCCUGGGCUGCAUGCCAUGUGCUUUUGCAUCAUCUCGCACCUGCUCGAGGCCCAUCGCCUGCUCGACAGCAACCGGUUCAAGGUCGAAAUCCGGGACAACGAGUCUGCCUUGCGCUCCCUUGCUGAUCUGUGGAUAUCCUGGAGUCCCCUGGAUGAUCACAGCCUGCCGAAUCUCUCCCGAUCCACAAACUUCAUGCGCCUCAUCGAGUAUCUGACUCUGCGCGUGCGCCGCCAUGGGUUGGUUCUCGCUGAAGUCGAUGGAUUCGUCGCAGCCUGUGCUCGACUGUGCCGGAUAUCAUGGGUCGCAGAUCUCGGCGGCUGCCUGCUGGCUACCUUGUGUGCGCUACUCAAUCUCUCCCACGACAACGAGGUGGCUGCAAGGGCGCUCUCGGAGCCUGACUGCUUGCGAGUUGUGUUUGACAUCUUGACGAUCAGCUGCGGCACCGACACACCGGAUAGCCUCAGCCAGGAUGACUCGGCCCCAAACGGGACUUUGGAUAUGGCACCUGGCCCUGCCAGCUUUGAUGCCAUGAUAGCCGCAGCCGGGCUCGCCGUCAACAUUCUUGUAUACAACCCCGGCGCACACAAGAGUCUGGAACAUACGGAUCCUCCCUCGCAGCAGCGCAAGCAGAAGCAGUGUCGUGAGCGUUGCUCUUCAAGCAAGCCCAUCCUGCACAAACUGUUGCAGACAUACCUGCUGCGACAGCGGUGGGAGACAACGUGGGAGGAGGAGAGCCUGCAAGACCAAGUCGGCCCCCGCGAUGCUUCCCAAGAUCCUGUUCUGAUGGCGCAAGCCGAGAACACGGUGUUGUGUGGAUACACCGCCCUGGUUCUGGGACUACUCUGUCAGCACAGCGAGGACAACCGCCAACUGGUCAAGACCCGGCUGGGCCGGCUCGAUGGACUCGUUGCCAAGCUGACCGACUUUGUGCGUAUCAGCCGCCAGAUGAUCCAGGCGGCAGCGACUGUGCCGAGCCCGUCGGCCACAGAUGGCGGCAGCGUUGAAUACUCACUGGUGGAGCGGGUCGAAGCCAUCAUCGGUGUGCUGCAGGAAGACAGUCGGCCAUGAAUGCGAUUGCAGGGCGGAUGGAGCUACUGGGCAAGCUCCACACCAUAGACACGCAGAUACUAUGAUGAAAACAAUUCUGCAACAAUACACAUCGCUCUGGCCGU